CGUAAAAACACACAGCAGAGCCCGUCCCCCGAAAUUCGAAAAAUCAAAGCUAAAAUCAACAAUGGAUCGUUCCAUAAGUUCUACUAUGAACGGUGACUCAAAUUUCCCGUUCGCAACGUCAACUAUGUUCGUCGCUAUAGCCACAUUCGCGGGCACGAUGAAGCUGAUCAGGUCGAUGACCGACGACAUGUUACAAAACCCGGCGCGAUCCCUCCUCGAAUCGGCCCUCCACUACUUCAUCACGCCGACCUGGAACCGGAUCACACCGACCUGGAACCAGAUCACGAUCGUAGUGAACGAGCUUCACGACGACACGAGCCGCAACCAAAUGUAUGAUGCCGCCGAGGUGUACCUGCGCACCAAGAUCAAUCCCUGUAAGCGCUUCAAAGUGGGCCCCUGCACCAGGCGCUUAAAAGUGGGUAAGACUCCCCAUCAGAGUAGUCUCAACGUCAAGGUCGAGAAGGGCCAGGAAAUACUCGACAAGUUCGAAGAUAUGGAGCUCAAGUGGAGAUCUCCCGAGCCCCAAGACCGAAACGUCACCUCGUCCGGGCACGAAGAAAACCGAUACUUCGAGCUCAGCUUCAAUACGAAGUUCAAAGUCGACAGAGUUCUGAACGAGUAUUUGCCUUAUGUUUUGGCCAAAGCCAAGGAGGCGGAGGGGGUUAAGCUCUACACCCGAAACUGUUCAUUUGGCAACAACAAAAGCGGUUGUGGUGGAGGAGGAGGAGGAAGAGGAGCGGGUUGGGGUUCAAUCAAUCUCGAUCAUCCGGCCACGUUCGAGACAUUGGAGAUUGACCCCAAGUUGAAGGAUGCCAUAAUUGACGACUUGAAGGGAUUUUUGGCGGGUAAGGAGUUGGUAGGCAAGGCUCGAAAGAGAUGUUACUGGUUGUAUGGCCCUCCUGGUACCGGUAAAUCCAGCUUGAUCGCCGCCAUGGCCGACUAUCUCAAAUUCGAUGUCUACGAUUUGGAGCUAACGAGUUUGUCCUCCAACUCGGAACUCAGGAGUUCACUCAUGUCCACCACCAACCAAUCCAUCAUUGUAAUCAGAGAUGUCGAUUGCUGUGUGGGGAUGCAAGAUCGGCUUAAGGGGACUGAGGUAUCGCUAUCAUGUUUGUUGAGCUUCAUAGAUGGUUUGUGGUUGAGCUGUGGUAAUGAGCGGAUCAUCGUUUUUACCACCAACAAUUACAGGCUUGACCCUGCUCUAUCGUACCAUGAUCUCAUGGACAUGCACAUAUACAUGUCCUAUUUUUCCAGUGAAGCUAAAGUUGCAGAAGAACUUAGGAAGAGAAAGAAUGCCGAUAUUGCUCUUAGUGGAGUGGUCAAUUUACUCAAACGCAAGAAGAUGGAAGCCCAUGAGAUUGAGCAAGACAGAACCAUUGAACUUCAGGUAGUGCAGAAAAAAAAUGAACUUAAAGUGCACAAAGUAAAAAGGUUGAAAUUAAAACAAAUGCGAUCACAAGGAAGUCGGUGAAAAACAAGAGGAAAGGUCGUUCAUUAGAGGAGAAAAGUGUCAAGUCACUCAAGUAAAGCUCUAGAAGGCGUGUCAACCUAGUUGGGAUAUUUACUUCAAGUUGUAAUGCCGGUUAUCUUGUCCCUUUAGUCUU